UGGGUUUCUGUCUCAAACUCAUCUUCUCAUCUCUAACAACUCUUCUUCGGCCAUGGAGUUUCACUGGCUUCCAUUACUUUUUUCUCUCAACGUGAUAUUGAUGACAGCUCAAGCUGCCUUACCUCCAGAGCUUUACUGGCAAAAGAUGCUUCCAAACACACCAAUCCCCAAAGCAAUCAGAGACCUUCCCAAGCUUGGCACAAAAGACUCUUUUCAUGACGUUGAAAAAAUUCAUUCAGAAGAUGAGAUUCCUCCUCUAUCCUUCUACAAGGGUAAGAAAAUUAAUUCAGAAGAUGAGAUACCACCUUUAUCCUUCUAUAAGGUUAAUAAAAUUCAUUCAGAAGAAGAUAUUCCUCCUUUAUCCUUCUACAAGGUUAAGAAGAUUCAAUCAGAAGAAGAGAUUCCUCCUUUGUCCUUCCGUUAUGUCGAGAAAACUCAAGCAGAAGGUGAAAAAAUAAGACUUUCACAAGAAGGUCAAAUGGUAUCUGUUGCUAAUCAUCAACACUACAACCCGAAAACAAAUCCAGCUUUCUUUGAAGAACAACUGAGGUCCGACACAGAAUUGGAUAUAAUCUUCAAGAAAAGAAAAUCUGAACGCCCAUUGUUGCCUCGCCAAAUUGCACAACGCAUACCAUUCGCAUCAGCAAAGAUAAAAGAAAUAUUCCACAUGCUUUCUAUGAAACCAGAAGUAAAGAAUGUAAAGAUUGUAACGGAAACCGUUGGUUUGUGCGAAGCGCCUUCAAUCAGAGGAGUAGAAAAAAAUUGUGCAACUUCAUUGGAAUCCAUGGUAGACUUUAUCACUUCUAAGCUUGGGAAGAACGCCCAAGUUAUUUCUACAGAGGCAGAAAAGGUAAGCAAGUCUGAAAAAUUCUUAGUGAAAGAUGGAGUGAAGAUUUUAGCAGAAGAAAAUAUCAUUGUAUGUCAUCCAAUGAAUUACCCAUAUGUUGUGUUUUACUGCCAUAAGAUAUCAAACACUACUGCACGUUUUAUGCCAUUGGAGGGAGAAGAUGGAAUUAGGGUUAAAGCUGUAGCAGUGUGCCACAAAGACACAUCAGAAUGGGAUCCAAAUCACGGGUUUUUACAAGCACUUAAAGUUAAAUCCGGAACAGUUCCAGUGUGUCAUAUCUUACCUGAGGGCGACCUUCUCUGGUUUGCAAAAUAGGUUACUGAUUUGGUUUCUCUAACUUGCUGCUGUAUCCUUAAAUAAGUAGGCAUGUGACCUACAUUACUGUGUGUAUCUAUGUGAAAUUUUGUUAUUCCUUUAUGGAAUAAUGUAAUAUUGUUUUUUUAAGUAUUUAGACAAA